AACUUUUCGGUACUGGCUCUGAGGAAGGAUCCCUUCACCAUACAAAACUUCUCCUGCGACUUUCAAAUGAAGCCCGUCGGCCAGUUCCACCAGGGCGACACUCUGGCGUACCGUCCGUCGGAGGCGAUAGACUGGCCGGGGAAGAACAAGCCGGAGGCCGAGCCCGGGUGCGGCUUCCGGAACGAGCACUGCCCGAAGAACGACUCGCACGUCAGGAGCAUCGUCACCGCGGGCGUACUGGCCGUCAUACUGUUCUGCGCGAGCGUCGUCACCAUGAGCAUAUACCGCAGGUGGAAGAUCGAGCAGGAGAUCGAGGGCCUGCUCUGGAAGAUCAGUCCCAACGAUAUACACGGGUAUCCCCUGCUGGACAACAUGAUGUCCUCCCCUAGUAAGUUAAGUUUAGUUAGUGCAAUAUCGUUCGAGUCGAGGUGCGGGGCGCAGAUGUUCGCGCACACCGGACAGUACCACGGUGUCGUCGUGCGCAUCAAAGAACUCAAGUUCUCGCGGAAAAAGGACAUCUCGCGGGACGUGAUGAAGGAGAUGCGGAUGCUGCGCGACGUGCGCCACACCAACAUCAACUCGUUCAUCGGGGCCGUCGUCGAGCCCAUGAGGGUGCUCCUCGUUACCGAUUACUGUGCCAAAGGAAGUCUCUACGACAUCAUCGAAAACGAAGACAUAAAGCUGGACGACAUGUUCAUCUCAUCCUUACUCAAUGAUCUCAUCAAGGUUUCGCAGGGCAUGCUGUACAUUCACGAGUCGACCCAGCUCCAGUACCACGGCAAUCUCAAGUCGUCGAAUUGCGUGGUAACGUCGCGCUGGGUGCUUCAGGUCUCCGACUUUGGGCUCCUCGACAUGCGCCAGAGCGCCGAAUCCGACAGCAUCGGCGAACACGAGUAUUACCGAAAUUUGUUUUGGAAGGCGCCGGAACUGCUGAGGGAACCGAGCAAUUUGGUGAAGGGACACCAGCUGGCCGACAUAUACGCGUUUGGUAUCAUACUGUUUGAAAUGCUGGGCAGAAAGGGGCCCUACGGUGGCUACCAUUUGGAGCCCAAAGAAAUCAUAGAGCGAGUGAAAAGGCUGCCGGAGGAGAACGAGGCGCCGUUCAGGCCAAAGAUCGACCUGCUCUGCGAUUCGGAGAUGGAGUGCGCGGACUACCUCGUCAACAUAAUAACCGACUGCUGGGCCGAGGCGCCGGAGCUCAGGCCAGAUUUCAAGAACAUAAGGGAGCGCAUGAAGAAGAUCAACGGGUUCAAGAGCCGCAACAUCAUGGACCAGAUGAUGGACAUGAUGGAGAAGUACGCCAACAAUCUCGAGGACGUAGUUGGCGAGCGGACGCGCUUACUUUACGAGGAGAAGCUCAAGACCGAGGACCUCUUGCACCGGAUGUUACCCAAACCCGUUGCCAACUGCCUGACGAACGGGACUGGCGUGGAGCCCGAAGCCUUCGACCUGGUUACCAUAUACUUCAGCGACAUCGUUGGUUUUACAGCAAUGUCGGCCGAGAGCACGCCGUUUCAGGUGGUCAAUUUCCUCAACGACCUCUACACUCUGUUCGAUCGGAUCAUCAAGGGUUACGAGGUCUACAAAGUAGAAACCAUAGGGGACGCUUACAUGGUGGUUUCCGGGCUGCCGAUCAAAAACGGCAACAGGCACGCCGGGGAAAUCGCGUCCAUGUCCCUGGAGCUGUUGAACGCCGUCAAGCACCACACGAUAGCUCACCGGCCCAACGAAACGCUCAAACUGAGGAUCGGAAUCCACACGGGACCCGUCGUAGCCGGCGUGGUUGGUCUGACGAUGCCCAGGUAUUGUCUGUUCGGCGACACCGUCAACACGGCAUCGCGAAUGGAGUCCAACGGCGAGCCGCUAAAGAUACACAUAAGCGCCCAGUGCAAGGACGCGCUCGACAAAAUCGGCGGCUACAUCGUCGAGGAACGAGGUCUGGUCAAGAUGAAGGGCAAGGGCGAGGUCAACACCUACUGGCUGACCGGCGCGACGGAGAAGGCCAUACAAAAGAGAGAGGUGAACAUAAACGACCUGCCACCUCUGUUCUGCCGGCCGCGCAGGAGUCCCAAGCUGAAUCCGGACUCGCGGCAAGCCUCCCUGUUGGCCGGCCUGGGAGCCGGCAGCCGGCGUCAGUCAAGCGUGCCGAGGCCGGCCGAUGCCGGCGAUUCGGCCUCGCAAUGCGGCAACUCGAGUCCACUGCAGAUGCGCACUUCCUUGCUCGCGCGCCGGCUCGAACGGACGCCCCUCUACCUGACCGAGGCUGCCUCCAAGACGACGCUCGACAACGCGAUCGUGCGCGAGGACGCCGACUGCAGGGCCGCCAACAUCAAGCUCGCACUCGACGAUCUGUUCCUCAAAUUGGACAAGAACGGCCUGAACCAAUCCAGCAGUCCGAGGUUCCGGAAGAACGCAAAGAUGAUGUCGGCGCUGGGCGCGACCUCUUCAUCAGCGGGUGACGAUCUGGGCAACCACCACAACAAUCUGCAUCAGCUGCUGAUGCGCGAGUCUCACUCUCUCGAUCCGUUCCCCGCGGAGGCGAUGAUUGGCUCCAACAACAACAACAACAACAAAAACAACAAUAACAACAACACAGGUGGCAGCAGCAGCAGCUUCGAUGCCGCUCAGCUGAUGACGAGCUCGGUGAUAAGUUAUCAGCCGCGCCGAGCGAGCUUCCGUUCGCUGGAGGACUGCGAGAAGUGCACGACGUCGACCCGCCGCAAUUCCAAGGUUGAGGAGAUGAUAGACCUGACGAGCCCGAGCCCGCGCGCGUCGCACAAGCUGUUGAACAACAACCACCCGAACGGCAACCUGAUACUCCCCCUGGCGGUGGCGGAGGACCGCAACAACUCGACGGCGCACGAGCACGAGGACUUCUCGGAGACGCCGCUCCUGGCGGGCGACAACUGCCUCGUGCCGGUCAAGAGGUGGAGAUCGCUCGACCAGGUCGUGGUCACCGGCAGCAACAACGGCAGCGGCCAUUUCGGUGGGGGCGCUGUCGUCGGGGUGGGCGGCGUCGGCUGCGUGAACGUGGCCGGCCUCGCGGACAAGAAGAGCUCGGCGCGGAACUCGAUACGCAGCUGGCUGGCGAAUCUGUUCAACGGCAACGGGCUGCGCAGCAGUAACGUCUCGCUGAGGCGCGCAGUCAUCCCCGGGUACGACGUGCAGUCCGAGCGCGAGAGCAUAGUCUAAUGUAUAUAAUAUUGCGGACGUGCGGUGCUCUGGGGA